GGGGAGCGCGGAGAUGGCGGCGGGGCCGGGGGAGCCGGAGUGGGGGCGGCCGGGCACCGAGGCUCUGGCCUUCCGGCAGCUGCGCGACCUCGUCGCGACCCAGGAGGCGCUAAUAGAGCAGCUGCGGCUCCGGAUGGCAAUACAAGAGGAGAAUUUUGUAAAUAAGGAGGAUUAUGAGACUGUUGUGAAAAAGUUGGAGAAAGAAGAGGAAGAGCACUCAAAGACCAAAACCCUGCUUGCCAAGGAAGCUGAGAAGCUGCAGUUUGCACUCGGGGAGAUUGAGGUUUUGUCCAAGCAGCUUGAAAGAGAGAAACAAGUCUUUGAAAAAGCACUUUCCAACGUUAAGAGCAAAGCGCUAAGAGAAUCCACCAAAAAAGACAAGCUAAUAAGCAAAUGCAAUGAAAUAGAGAGCCAUAUUAUGAAACAGGAGGAUCUUCUGAAUGACAAAGAGAAUGAAAUUAAGGAGCUUCAGCAGUUCAUCACCAAGCAGAAGCAAACACUCAAGACUCAAGUGUCAGACUUAAAAAUACAGAAACAACAGGAAAGUUACAUAGCGCAAGUGCUGAAAAAGAAACAGAAGAAGGGUUUAAAGUGACUGUAUUAAACAUUACUCUACAAUCCAUGUAUCCCCUCGAUACGCAACCGCUGUAAAGAUUCUAGUGCUCACCGUUACUGCAGUGGUCAACAGCAAUACCCUAUCACUAUCUCAGGAAGGUUGUAGAUGGGUCACCACAUUAACCCAUCAGUGGGCCCUGGCCUACACAAACAUACUCUUCCUGGCCUGGUGCAGUGGGGAGGCCCCUGGGGCAGGAGAGAGGUCAGUAAGGGGGUUGGAAAGCGAGCCCACCGUGCACUCAUCCUUCAUUGGUGGCUCCUGUCCUGGGGGGCUAGGCCCAACUCCCCAUUCCAGGCAGUGUGACCUGGCACAGGGGGUUUGUGUUGCCACCACUCACUCAAAUUUGGCCCAGCUACACCUCUGUUAUGACAGGUGAGUGCCCAGGCCGAACCUGAGUGCAGAUACAGACUCGGGCCACUGCAGUUUGGUUUAAUGCGGUGGCCUUUCACCGCUGGAGCCUGGUGCAAGUGAAAUUAAUUAAAUAGGCUUCCCCUUGUCCUCUAAGCACUUGUGUGCUUCACAAAGCCACCACCUCAGCUGGGGCUCUGCUCAGAGCAGACCCCGGGUUGCAACAGCAGCUGUUCCUUGGUCACUGCUGAUGUGGGCUGAGAGCUUAUAGAGAAAUGCUCCCAUUGCCUAGCCAUGUUCUGCCCCUUCUUCACCAGUGCUGUUUGUGUCUCAGAGCUUCCCCUGUCUGGCCCCCCGUACCCACCACGAUAGUGGCAGGGACAAUCUCACGAAGCUUGGUAAAUACUGUUAGACCCCAGAAGGGUGACGGGAUACGUGUACAGACCAAGUGACUUCAAAUAAAAGAUAUUAAACUAAAUACCUCAAGAUCAGCUUCCCCUUUACUGCUCUGUCAUCAUUUGAGCUCAGUCCUGUGUGUCCCUUGCUGGCUGAAGUCUUGAACCUGGCAUCUCUGCACCACGCCCCUUCUCAAGGGGAAGAUGAGACAAUGGUUCAAGAACAGCCAGUAAAUUUCCUUCUUGGACUCAAUGAGGACUCUCCACACUGCAUUCCUGUUCCCAGACAUGCAGAUACCCAGGAUGCAGUGGAGGGAGGGCAGUAUGUGACUCUGCCCCCAAGCAGGAAGACACCUCAAAGUUCCCCUCUAAGAUGGACAGAUCCUGGGGUGCCUGUUGCUUUAAAACAGUCUGUGGUGGGAAGGCAGGAGAAGCUGGGCUGCAUUCUGCAUCCAUUCAGCCCUAAAGGCUUGGCCAGGGGUGUGUAACACUCUGGGUGAGCCUUUCCCUGCACUGCUCCUAAAGCACAGUUCCCAGCAGCCUCCUGCCCCCAUCGCCCCAGCCUUCCAGUUGCUUCUGCAUCACACUCAAGCUUGAUGACACUCAGGGCCCUGCACCCUCC